CAAAAGCAAUGAAGUAGCAUGCAGACCGCGCCCGAUUAUUUGGUUUUUAUUGUUUAUUUGUUUCAAUUACACAAAAAACAAAAGACAUUUUUGUCUACACACUCACACACUCACUCACACACGUGUGUGUGUGUAUAUAUAUAUAUAAAGUUAAGAAUUUCAAAUUAUUCUGUAGUCUGCAGACGACCACAACAUAACUAUUAAUAAUAUUUUAUAUCCAUACACAUUCUUUUUUCACUCAGUUCACUUUACUCAUUUAAUUCCAUCGACCAAUUAAUUCUAUCUCGACAUCAAACGUUCUCAAGCAGUCAGAGAAAUCUUCUCAGAUUUUUAACGAAGAAACUGCAUAUUACGUUACGAAAACCGAGCGUAACAAUGUCGCGCACAAAGAAUAUAUCACCAUAUAUCUCACUACAAUUAUUACUUGUACUCGUUGUCGUGUACUACGUCGAAGGACAUGCACGUCUCCUGCGACCGCCAUCGAGAGCCUCACUGUGGCGUUUAGGCUAUGUAGUGAGAAACAACAAUUACAAUGACAACGAAGGUUACUGUGGUGGAAGAGAGGCGCUUCUUGGCAAAUACAAUGGAUCAUGUGGCGUGUGUGGAGACCCGUGGGAUCAAAGUCCACGGGACCAUGAAAGGGGUGGAAAAUUUUAUGAAGGAAUCAUAACAGGGACUUUUGAGGAAGGAUCAAUGAUUAAAACUGCAGUACAAGUAACUGCUAAUCACAAAGGUUAUUUUGAAUUUCGAGUCUGCCCUUACGAUAGCCCUGAAGCUGGUGAUAUUGAAUAUUCAAAGGAUGGCAAUUUUGUUGAAGUUAGUCAAUCGUGUUUGGACAAACAUCUGUUAACCCUCGGUGAAACUUCUUACACCAGAUAUUACAUCCCACAUACAUCACCAAUUAUGCUUAACAAUAUCUCUCUCAAACUACCAAGUGGUCUGGUCUGCAAAAAAUGCUUAUUCCAAUGGACGUACGUAACCGGUAAUAGCUGGGGUAAGUUUCCAAACGGAACGGCUUGCAUUGGAUGUGGGCUACAAGAAACAUUUAAAGCUUGCUCUGAUAUUGUCAUCAACCCCAAAUCGACCGGUAGCUCAACGUCUACACCACCUAUAACCACAUAUUCUACCACAAAGUCGCCAUCUACCGAACAGAGCACAGUACUACUCAGCAAUUCGCCGACAACUGAGGGAACAAAAUGGAGAGCAACAGAUGUAUCCCUGACAACACUAGGCAAAUGGACUCGAAUUCUGACAAGCAGCCUUGGUACGACUACCAGUCUAGAAGCAGAUGAGCCUACAAAAGCUGAAACUGAUAGCUGGUACAGCUCUAAGUUUAGUGCAACAGCAGAGACAGCAACAACAACAACAACAGCAGCAACAACAACGACAACAGCAACAACAACAACGACAACAGCAACAACAACAACAACAACACAAGCACCAAGUAAAACCACAAUUAAAACACAGCAAUGUAAGGCUGUUGGUGUCUGGAAAAUAGUUAAAGGAAUAAGUCAGUGGUGUAUUGAUAACUGUCGCCGGGGAUUUUGUCCUGCGGGUUACUGUUCACCUGAAUGUAGAUAUGUUUAAUAAUUUGGAGUUUUUUUCACUGGUUAUUUAAUUGUAAUUAUUCAUGAAUGUCUUUUAAAAAGAUUUUAUUCACUCAUAUAAAUGAGUAAAAAUUGAUUUGCUUAUAAUGAUUUGAACCUAUGAUGCUUUCAAUAUUAUUAGAAAGCUGCAAUUAUUAACGCUAAAUCAGCUUUAUGGACUCUUCAGAAUAUUUUUUUUUUUUAUUUACUUCAAAAAAUUGUUUCCAUUCAACAACAACAAAAAAUUAUAUUUUGUCUUACAGAAUUUGAAGCAUAUGUUUCAAAAAUACAAUUUUCAAAUUUUUCUUUGGUGUGGAAAAGGGAAGAAUAACUUAAUUUAAAUAUUAAGUUGUUCUGCUGCUUGUUGCAAUGAAAUUGGUUUCCAUAUCUUCCCUGCCAAAUUGAUAGUUAUCAACCUGUUUUUCUAUUAUGGACUCAGUUGUUGUAUUGAUGAUGAUUUUUAUAAGUAUUAACAAUCACAAACUCAUUUCAAACAGUUGUAUAUGACUGAACUGAUUGUAAAAGGAAUGUGAUCAUUAUUGACAUCAUUAUGACAAGAUGACCCCCAAGACAGAGAAAUCAAUUGGAAUCAGAAAUGAUGUAUGAGAAAAAUGCUCCUACUUAAGUUAAAAAUUGCUGUUUGAUAUCAUUCAUGUUGAGAUGCAAGCAGUUGUUGUACUUUAUCUUUUCUUACAAUUUCACAUUCAUUGAUUUCUCAAUCAUUGGAGCUUAUGGGUGCUAAAUAUGCUACCCAGUUGCUUUCUCUUCUUUUGUAAAGGUAUCUAUUUUCUGUUAUGUUAGCUUAAAUUAUAUCGCAAAAAUAUAUAAUGCCUGCAUCAGGCUAUAAAUAUUUGACUGACUACUUAGAAGUGAACCUCUUAGCUAUAUAAUUUCUUAAGAUCUUAACAGAAAUAAAGAAGAGAAAAAUUCCAUGUUUUUUCAUGUGAUAAAUAACUUGCAAAAGUAACCUCUCUUAUUUCAUAUUGUAUAAAUAUAUUCUGUUUACAAAAGAUACCAAUAAGUCUCUACAACUGAAAAAUAUUUCAGAUGCUAUGAAAUAAGUCCUAUAAUUUUGGGGUUCAGAGUUUAAAAUUUUUGAUUAAUGUUGAGUCCAGGAUAGAACUUUAUAUGGCUUAUAACAACGUUAAAUUCAAAACUAUUGGUAACAUGUUAGCAAGUUAAAUGUUAAUACAUUAAUUACAACUUGUGAUGAAUAUAUGUAUAUAUUGGCAAAAGAGGAACCAUGAUUCUGUAGACAAAAAAAUAUGUGUAAAUGCAUGAUAAUUUAUUCUUACCAGUAUAAAUGGUUUAUUAAUAAUUGCUCUGUAGGUUUCCCAAUUAACAUUAUUGCAAACUAAUUGGUAAUUUUGAGUGACAGUUUAAAAACGUGAAUACUUAAUAAAUUUUGUAUCAGACCAUGCAAAAUUUAUGAAGAUUUGAAUUUUGAGAACAUUUUAAAACAUAACCAAAAGGGAUGCAGUCACAGAAAGCUGAAUUUUUUAGUCAAAGGGUUCAAUAGGUUGGAAGAUGUAAACUAGCACUUAAGUUCACUGAUUCAAUUUACCCAGUUGUAAAUAGGUUCCAUGAGUUGGUGCAACUUACUGUUGUUGGAACUAUCAUUAACUGAGUUGUACCAUACUCAAGUCAUCCAGUUAGACAGGAGUAAUGGGAAAAAAAGACAAUACUCCAUGUUUUUCUCUGUAAAUAAUCCUGUAAAACUGAAGAGGAUCUCCAAGAAGUCAAAAUCUUACACAGCAGCUUCAACUCAGUACAAAAGCAAUUAUGAUGAAAGAAGGAUAAAAAUGUUAUUUUAUUCUUCAAGUAUGUCUCCAUGGAGCCUAUAUAAUCUUUUCUGUACCAACAUAUAUUAUAACAUAAUAAUGUUUGAUUUAAAAUAUUCAAUAAUCACAUUUUAUUUUGUAAAGGACAUGCAUACUCAAGUAUUACAUGUCUACACUUGAUAUAUUUCUAUGCAUAUAAAAACUAGUCUUGCGGGGGUAGGGGUGGAGGGCAUAAAAGAAAUUGCGAGAUUGGUCAAUGUGUAGUGUGGAGUGUUAAGAUUUGUUUUGUUUUUGUUUGUGUUUCAUGUUUAUGUUUAUGUUUGUUGCUUCUUUAUUUGUGUUUUGGAGGGGUUUUUUUUCUGGCCCUCUUAUGUAUGUAUGAGUAAAAUAUAUGCAUUUAACUUAAACAGCUUGCAUUCAGUAUUAUUCAAAAAUGAAUACAAUAGAAAGUUAUACUUUCUUUCACAAACACAUGCAUGCAUACACAUAUGCACAUUUGUGCAUUAUAAAUUUUGCCAGUUCCUAUGUGCAUACAUACAUUUAUAUAUAUAUAUAUAUAUAUAUAUAUAUAUAUAUAUAUAUGUAUGUAUACACACACAUAAAUACAUAUGUGUGUGUGUGUGCGUGUGUGGUGCCUGUGUGUGUGGGGGGUGCAUGUGUGUGUGUGUGUCUCUGUGUGUGCACGUGUGCAUGUGUAUAUACGUCUAUAUAUGAUUCUAUGUAUUGUCACUGUUUUGUAAUAGACUUUUGUAAAUAUAAACAUCAACUGUUAAGUUUCCUAGACUGGAAAACACUCCAGACAAAUUAAUUUCAUAUAUUCUAUUAAGGAUCAACAGAAAUUCUUUCCUGCAGUUUAACAAAAUACUACAUCUGUUCAAAAAUACAAUUGCUAAUAGCAAUCUUCUUAAAUGGUUAUAAAUGUUUUGAGCGAGGAACCGGGAGUCAAUUUAAAAUAUUAAUAUCUUUUAUAGUGAUGAUGAUUAUGAUGAUGAUAGUAAUAAUAAAAGUGAUUGUCUAAUAUAGGCACAAGGCUUGAAGUCUGGGGGGAGAAAGUUAGUUGAUUACAUUGAAACCAGUGCUCAAAGGACAUUUAUUGCUCAUCAGAAAAUAAAUUGCAAAGUUGACCUUAGUAGAAUUUGAACUCAGAACAUAAAGUUGAGCAGAGUAUGACUAAGUACCACAUGCUAAUUAUUCUGUCAGCUCACUACCUUAAUAAUAAUAAUCUUUUCUACUAAAGGCACAAGGCCUGGAACAUUUUAGUCAACUUUGCCUUUCAUUCUUUGAGGGUCGAUAAGAUAAAUACCAGUUGAGUACAGGAUCUAUGUAAUUGAGUAGUCCUCACCCAAAAUUGCUGGCCUUGUGCCAAAAUUUGAAACCAUCAUCAUCAUUAUUAUUAUUGUUAUUAUUAUUAUUAUUAUUAUUAAUGAGAUGGCAUGGUAACAGAAUCAACAGCAUGCUGGACAAAAUGCUUAGCGGUAUUUUUGUCCAUCUUUAUAUUCUGAGUUCAAAUUCCACCAAGGUGGACUUUGCUUUUCAUCCUUCCAGGGUCAAUAAAUUAAGUACCACUCAAGCAUUGGGAGCGAUGUAAUCAACUCAUCACUUCCUCCAAAAUUUCAGGCCUUAUACCUAUAGUAGAAACAAUUAUUAUAAUCAUCGUUAUCAUCAUCAUCAUUAUUAUAUUAUUAUUAUUAUCAUUAAGGCAGUGAGCUGGCAGAAUUGUUAGCACGCUGGACAAAAUGCUUAGCAGUAUUUCGCCCAUCACUACGUUCUGAGUUCAAAUUCUGCCAAAGUCGACUUUGCCUUUCAUCCUUUCGAGUUCAAUAAAUUAAGUACCAGUUAUGUACUGAGGUCAAUGUAAUCGACUUAUCCACUCCCCCAAAAUUGUUACCCUUGUGGCAAAAUUUGAAACGAUUAUUAUUACUACUACUACUACUACUACUACUACUACUACUACAGCUACAGCUAUUAUAUUAUGUAUAAUGUCACAAGGUGUCUGCUUUAUUUUUAAUUUCUCUAAUUUCAUAAAUCCCAAUAACACUAGAUAGGAAAAUUAUCUUCCUUGCUUACACAUCACCAACUCAACAUUUGUAAAUGAGUCAUUGUAUGUUGUAGGAUUUUUUUUCUGUUGUUUCCAUCAUUUUUUUCCUCCUCCCCCCACCAAAAAAAAAAUUGUUUUUUUUUUUCCACACAGAUCUUUAUAUAUGUAAAUGUAUAACGACACCCCAUCUUUCACUUUCAAAUUCAUCCUAGUACAAAAACAAAAAAACCUGAAAAAAUAUAUUUUUCUGAUUAAAAAAACUGAGUGUAAAUAAUGAUUAAUAUGAAAUAAAGAUUUAUAUAUAUAUAUAUAUAUACAUAUUUUAAAAUCAA